AUGGGCUUACACACGAUUCGACAGAAGUACGACGAGGAACGAGACAAGCGGUACCACCCUGCAGGACUGCAGCAGUAUGUGGUUGACCUUGCUGCUUCGGACAAGUUUAGACGAUUUCAGGCUGAUCCCUGGGUCCGGCCUGGACACUCACCACAGACGUCCAACGGUGAUCGUGUCCACACUGCUGGCACCAUCGCCAAAAACAUUGCGUUGAAAGAUGGAGAUUCUUGUGUCUUUCUCAUAGUUGGUGCAGGAUACGGAGGAAUUCUUUUUGCAGCCAGCCUUAUCAAGGCGGGCGUGGCCCCAAACGACAUCCGACUUGUCGACACGGCCAUGGGAUUUGGCGGCACUUGGUAUUGGAAUCGUUACCCCGGACUCCAAUGCGAUGUUGAAAGCUACAUCUAUAUGCCGCUUCUCGAGGACACAAAAUACAUGCCGAAGCAUAAAUACUCGUUCGGUCCAGAACUAAGGUCUCAUGCUGAGCGCAUUGCCGCACACUUUGGCUUUCAAGACAAGGCCCAAUUCGGCACUCGAGUCGACACUUUAGUCUGGGAAAAUAGCAGCUCCGAGUGGAAGGCCAAAUUGCAUAUCGAAAGAGACGAUACAUUUAUCCACGUGCGCUCCAAGUUUGUCUUGACCGCAUACGGCAUUGGACACUAUCCCAAACUACCGAACAUUCCAGGACUCGACUCGUUCCAGGGAUCAACUUUCCACACCAGCCGUUGGGACUACAGCGCCACUGGAGGGUCGGAGGCCGAACCAGGUCUUACUUCCUUGGCGGAAAAACGAGUAGGCAUCGUGGGUACCGGCGCCACGGCUGUUCAGGCAGUGCCAUAUCUUGCUCGCUGGGCAAAGCAUCUGUAUGUGUUUCAACGCACGCCUAGUGCUGUUGGGCCCAGAAACAACAAGCCGACCGAUCCAGACCUCUGGCAGACUGAGAUUGCUACACACCCGGGCUGGCAGACGGACAGAGCGGAAAACUUCAACGCUUUCUUGGCCAACGACCCAAAUAAGCCGCAAGUCGACCUGGUCAAAGACGAGUGGACCAAGCUGUCAUCGUAUAGUGCGCUCAUCGGGAAUCCAACCAAUCUGGACGGCAAAUCAAGAGAAGAGGUGGACAGUUAUGUUGCUAUUUUGGAAGGCCUGGAUUUACCGCAGCAAGAAUCUCGUCGAUCAAGGAUCGACAGUAUUAUUCAAGAUCGAGACACCGCUGAAGCUUUGAAACCAUGGUAUCCUUCGUGGUGCAAACGACCUUGCUUCAACGACGACUACCUCAACGCCUUCAACCAAAGUAACGUCACACUUGUUCCAACCGGUGCCAGAGGCAUCGAAAGGAUCAGCAAUAGUAGUGUGGCAGUUGACGGCUGCGAAUACGAUAUUGAUGUGCUCAUCUUUGCCACGGGUUUCAGGCCACCAACGUCUGGAAGUCCUGCCGAAAGAAGCAGGAUGAAGGUUUAUGGACGCAAUGGGCUCGACAUGGACACCAAAUGGGCACAGCCCCAGGGUCAAGCCACACUUCACGGCCUUAUCAGCAAAGACUUUCCCAACUUUCUGUUCCCUGGUCCCAACCAGAUGGGUGCCGCGCCAAAUGGGACAUAUCAACGGGAUCAACUUGGCCAGCACUUUGCAUACAUCGUCAACGCUGCGGCAGAGAUACAUAACAGAACCCAUUCACGGAAAGAAGAGCAGAAUUUUUCGAAGUAUGGCAAGUACGACGUCGUGAUAGAGCCAACCGUCGAAGCUGAAGAGGACUGGGCCAAGGCAGUUGCACUGCAUGCGGUGAAGUUAUCCGCAAUGGCGGGCUGCACACCAAACUACAUGAUAACACCAGAAGAGCAAGAAGCGGUUGCGAAGCAGAAAAAAGACCUGUUGCAUCGGAAUGCAAGGGGCGCCUUGUGGGGAAAGGGGGUUGCCGAUUACAUGUCUAUCCUUCGAAGCUGGCGCAGUGAAGGUAUACUACGAGGUCUAGAUGUUACAGCUUAA